AUGCCGACUGUGACUUUGGCCAAUUCUAAAUUGUUGGAUGAACAUAAGGAUUUUAUUCAAGAUCUCUAUCUUACCCAUGGACUACGAGCCAAAGACGUGCGCCAGCAACUGCUAGCUCUGUUUUCUCUCCAAGCGAGGUACGGCAACUUGCAAAUAUCCUCCCCUCCUAUUCCCAUUUUGACGCAAUGCAGCGAGGACCAGCUCAAACGGAAGUUCAAGAAAUGGGGCAUUGGCAAGAAUGGAAAGAAAGAAGAUUGGGUGGAUGCUGCUCGAAGGGCCAAACAACGCCGGCUGGAUGUGAGUCAAGCGAGCAUAACGGCCAAAAAUGGAAUGCCCGUCGAUGCUGCUCGGGCUAAAAGGGCUUUCCGGCGGCACAAUCUCCCAAGGAUGGAAGCAAAACAAGCUAAUAAAAACAUUCAACCAUGCACUUCCGAAGAGAUUGCCCUGCGACGGAAGUUUGUCAAUCCUAAUGCGAUUACGACGAUCACGCUGCCUUGCCAUUUCUACUGGGAAGGGCUACGAAAAGUCUUACCCUAUCGCGGAAAGUCACUCCCUUCGAACAUGCUGAACCCCCCUUCGGCUUCUUUUCAAUCCCUCAACGAGUUGUAUUUUACUGCUAGAAAUGAUUUGUCGAACACAACCGAGUCACUUACUGCUUUAGCCUCUCUGGGUUCUGCGAAAGAUGCCUCGAGUUUGGCUGUGACAGAAUUGCAUUCUGAAGCUGGAAAGAGGUCAUUUGCCAUUGCCCGAAGACUCUUUACCUCUGCCGGUAGCGAUUACGGAAUCCUCGAUGAAGCCUUGACUUCUGAAGUGUUGACUGUGAUUCUCCCCGAACAGAAUCAAUUCAUCAACGAUAUGGAACUGGUUGCCUACUACCCCGGGAUAGUAGAUCUGCCUGUCUUGAUGAGUUAUUUGGUCUAUCUUUGUUCCAAUAGACUCAUUCAAAAUGGGUACUUCGAUAACCUGGCUGACGAUUUACUGGACAAGUACGGCAACGACGCUCUGAAGUAUUCCUGCACAGAGCAGCUCAAGUAUCUCAGGUGCUUCAAAGAGGCCAUUUUGCUUUACGCGGCGAGACGGGGACGAUAUGAGAUAGUACAAUUCUUACGCCCAUUCAUCUUAGACCUGGACCAACGACUGUACACUGGAGCAUAUCCACGGACUCUACUUCAGGAAGGCAUUGUAUACAAACAAAGCUCAUUCUGCAACGAUCUCCUUGACGGUGGAGCAGACCCCGGUUGUCCCAUGGACCCGCUGAAACUUCAGGUGUUACUAUAUGAACGCUCAGCUAUGGAUCUGGCCGCUUACUUCACGCCAGAACUUUUCCAUCACAUGUUCAACAUCUCAAGGCGGAAGAAGAGCUUUACUCCCACGCUAUUACUGCCUCUUGCAGUGAAAUCUGGUAUGGCUGUCGCUGACUGCCUCAACCUGAUCGACCUUGGCGCGGACAUCAAUGCCAUGGAUAGUCAAGGCUGGACUGCUCUCCAACAUGCGAUUUCUGCACAACAGCACCGUCUGGUUUGUGUAUUGCUCGGUCUUGGAACCUCUGCAGAUUUUUUAGAAGAGCACAGGACAAUGCUUGGACAAUAUGCAUCACUACAAAGAAAUUUUGCUCUGCCAUUGUCACUCGCCGUCGAAUUCGAUGACUUGGAAAUCUGCGAGACCCUUCUUCGGGCAGGGGUCAACGUGAAUGCCUACUCUUUCAAACCGCACGAGGAUCUUCUCGCCCGACAUUACAAGCAAGAACCUCUGGCUAAUCUGCCGAGGGCGAUCUUUCAGACAGCUCUCCAGCGUGCAGUAUGGGACAACAAUACACGAGUAAUCCAGCUACUCAUCGAAUAUGGUGCAAAGGACACAGUUGAGAACACAAUCCCCUGCCUGAUCGUUGCGACGUGGAGAGGCAACUAUGAAGCAGUCGCACUGCUGCUUCAGUAUGGUGCCGAUUUCAGAGAAACAUGGCAUGGAAGCUGGCUAGGGAAAGCGGAUGCAAUAGUACAUGCUUCCUAUGGUGGACACCUGCAAAUCAUGCAGGCCCUCCUUGAUUCCGGCUCACACAUUGGCCCGACUCAGGAAACCCGCGGGAAUGGAUGGACUGCACUGCAAGCCGCUUGCCUAGGUGGUAACUUGGCCGCCGUUCAAUUAUUAUUGGCCUCUGGUGCCGAUGUGAACGCCCCAUGCUACUGUGACGACGGUCUGACAGCCUUACAAGCGGCUAUUCGUUGUGGGGAACUAGACCUGAUCAACCUACUUCUCAACUGGGGAGCCGACGUGAAUGCUUCUCCAUCCAGAAAUGGGGAUACGGCACUCUCAGCGACGAUCAAGUCUGGGUCUGCCGACCUUCUGAGGACACUCAUCGCGCAAGGCGCGGAUGUCACCUUCAAUGGGUGGAACACUCGACAUGACCAUGAUGUAUCGACCAUCCCGAUUGUUGCUGCGGCAAUACUUGAUCGGAUAGACUUCAUUCAAGAGAUGUUACAAGCUGGUCUGAACUUAAACGCACCGGUCAGUCCAGGCACUAGAAAUACUGUCUUGGGAGAAGCACUCUCACGAGCGGCAAGAAAUGGUAGAGAGGAAGCUAUCGAGUGGUUUCUUCAGCACAAUGCUCCUAUAAUCCCUUCGGACCUGUCCAAGAUACUUUUCUCCGUUCACUUUUAUCAAAAAUUUGACAGCCAGGUCGCUAAGAAACUCACGCAGCACCUGUUAGAUCGAGGCGCUGAUGUGAACGCAUUGCACGUUGGUGAGACCAGAUCGCCGACCACCAUACUCUCGAGAGUCUGCCAUUCUAGGAAGGAAGACAAAGAACUAGUCCAACUGUUGUUGGACAGGGGGGUUGAUGUGAAUCCAGACCCUGGAAGUCACACCAGGUGUGAGGUGCCUCUGAUAGGUGCAGUGUCCAACGGCCAUAUCGCUAUUGUGGAGCUCCUGCUAGAAUACGGAGCAGAUCCCAAUGCAACUACUGACAUUUUCAGAUGGACUCCCCUUCAGCAUGCUGCCUCCCAGGGCUAUAUUCGCAUUGCACAAAUGCUCCUCGCUCAUGGUGCCAAUGUUGGAGCUCCCACAUCCGACGGGCACUACACUGCGCUUGAUCUGGCAGUUGCAAAAGGCCGCCUCGACAUGGUGAAACUCCUUCUUGAUAAUUACAAACUUGGAGAUCGUCAAACCAUGCUUGAGAUCUGCAGAAAGUAUGCUGAAGUCGCACGAGAAGAGUGCCACUGGGCAAUCCUUGACCUCCUGGAAAGUUACGAGUCAGAAGCACAACGCUCGAUCAGCGAAGUCAAUUACUUUUUCGAUGCUGAUGCUGUAGAGACUGGCUCAGAACACUCAAGCAGGGCAGUCGAAAAGGAAAUUAAUGAGCAAAACAUUGACUUCAACCCCUGGGAGACUCCGGACACACCAAGUUGGCAGACAUGA